AUGCCCAAGGGAAGAAAACGCGCCAUCAAGGCCGCCACGGCAGAUGAAGUCGAGGAUCCCACGGCGGUUGGAGGGGCGGAGGACGACGAGUUCAUGAUGGAAUUGGCAGCCGCGAGGGCUGCGAUGGAGGAGCAGACCGCCAGACGGAAGGCGUUACGAGGGGAAGAGGAUGGAGAUGGUUCGGGUGGAGCGGCGGGUUCUGAAGGACGAGAGACGCCGGCAGGGGGUGGGGGUGGAGCGGCGCCGACUGGGUCGUACAACAAGGCGGGGCUUCUCCAGAAGGCGGCGGAGAUGGAGAGGGCGAUUCCGUGGGAGGAGACGUUGACCGUGAGCGACAUUCCGCUAGAGCUGGAAGAUGUACACGACGACCUCAAGCGCGAAGUGAGCUUCUACAACAACGCUCUGGAGGCGGUGAAGCGCGGGCGGAGCUUGCUGGUGGCGGCGAACGUCCCUUACAAGCGUCCUGAGGAUUUCUUGUGCGAGAUGGUCAAAACGGACGCACACAUGGACAAGAUCAAGGACAAGCUCAUCUUCGAGCAGCAGAAGAUGGACGCCUUCGAGCAGCGCAAGGCGCGGCAGGAGCAAAGGAAGUACGCCAAGGAGCUCAACUCCAACAAGGUCGCGGAGAAGUCGAAGCGGAAGAAGGAGGGGCUCGAGGAGAUCGAGCAGUGGAAGAAGGGCGCCAAGCGAAGCAGAGGCGGGCCGCUGGCGGAUGAUGACGGUUUAGACGCAGUUCUCUCGGGCAACAAGGCAGGAGGUCGUGGAGGGGGCCCCGGGGGACGAAACGUGAAGCGCGAAGCCAAGAACAAAAAGUACGGGUUCGGCGGGAAGAAGCGGGAGAAGGGCCAGAGCGACCCGCGCUCGCUCAACGACCUCAGCCAGUACAACCCAAAGCAGGGCGGCUCCGGACGUUCAAGAUCGAAACCCGCCAAGGGUUCCAACCGCCCCGGAAAGUCGGUGCGCACGAAGAACAAGAAUAGAAGGAGCCGUGGCUAAGUAAUGCCAAUGUACACACCGGGCGGGCGGUAUGGAUUCGAGGCAACGGCUGUAGUUGCGUGGAUCCAACAUACGGGAUUAUUGGGAGCCUUGCUGCAGCGUACGUUUCGAUCGAUGGUGACAAGGCUGGUUGGCCUGCUUAGUUUUCCGUGCGUUGUUUUGUGGGCAGCAGUGGGUACUGUUGAGGUUUGAACGUGACAGUGAACCAUCACGCCCGAUCGAAAACGGGAUGCUUUAUCCCUUCGGUCGGGCUCGAUUUGACUUGGAGGCUCAUCAGGAGAAAUGGGGCGUGUAGUUGGCAUUUAAUUUAGGGGUGCUUUGUUUUGUCGAGAUUGUUCCGUUAUUUGUUUCGUCAAGUGUUGCCGG